AUGGAAUUAUGGAAUUAUUUUAGUAGUCUUUAUGAUCAAAUGGAAUUUCCUUCAAAAUCUUGUCAUUUAAAAUUAAAACUUGAUGGAUAUGAAUUUCAUACUACUAGCCAUUGUGAUAAGUUCUUCGCCAAUCAAAAUUUUAUCACAAAUCGAAUUGAAGUAUUGACAGGAUUAAGUAAUCUUGCCUGUAAUGUUGAAGAAGCAAAAAAGCAACGAUUAUCUGGAAUGGUGGAAGAGUUUGAUAUAUGCGUAUUCAAAUCUGACGAAACAAACAGAAUGAGAGAUUGGAAUUCAGUCAAUUUAACAAUUUGCUAUUAUACUAAAUUUGGCGAUCAGAUAAAAAAUAAUCCAAAAAGUGAUUAUGCAAAAGCUUGUAGAACAUAUGAAGAUGAUGAUCAAUAUGGAAAACAUGGAAUUGAAUUCCGAAUUUAUGCGACCAGAAUUGGAUUUAAAAAAUUAGAAGAAGAGUAUUGGGUUAAAUUUAGUGUUAAUGUUGAGAUCGGAUCGUCAUUUUCAGAGAAAACGUUAGUUUUAUUAUUUGGGAUUUAA